AAAGUAGCCUUAAUAGCAGAAGUCAGUCUCAAAAUUCUUGUUAAACCACACCCCCCACUUUCACAGGAAGUCCUGGGUCUGCUAAAACUCCCAGCACAACAGAGACACAGAGGAAGAGUGAGUGAGAGACAGAAAUGAAAAGACAGGUGGAGACAUAAACAGGAUAUACGAGAGGAAAGAGACAAAAGAAUCUGUGGACAAAAAAGUGAUAAAAAAAAAAGAGCGAAUAAUAGAAUAAGAGCGAGGGUGGGGCAGAGAACGUGAGUAGAAGUAGAGGGUGGAGGAAGGAGGGGGGAGGAGGCAAGAGGGAGGGUGAUGGCAUGUGUGUUGGCUGAUGCUUCACCGUUCUGCCUUUCGAUGCGACGCAGCAGCUUCAAGUCUGAAGACAGAGAUACCUGCUUUCAUCUAUCCAAGCAUGCACUGGGAUCGGGACUGACUGCAGUCUGAAACAUCCAACGGGACACAGGCUUUAACUUCACCAAAUGAAGCAUGAACUCCUCCUCGCCAUAACAGACAGCAUGGAUGCUCAAACACGUCCAUCACCAGACUAGAGGCAGCUUUCCUGAUACAAGCUUCCUGUUGGCUCACAAGGCAGCUUGUGUUAACGGUAAACAGGCUUAAGAUGAGCACUACUAACCACAGCUGUCAAGUCAGCGAAGAUCUGCGCAUAUACCAGCACCAGGUGUACGCUGUGGUGUACAGUGUGAUCUUAGCACCAGGGCUGCUGGGUAAUGUGUUGGCACUCUGGGUGUUCAGGGCUUAUGUGAGAGAAACCAAGAAGGCUGUGGUGUUCAUGAUGAACCUGGCUGUGGCCGACCUGCUGCAGGUGCUCUCUCUGCCUCUGCGGAUCUACUAUUACCUGAACGACACCUGGGCCUUUGGUCAUUUUCUCUGCAUGAUAUGCUUCUAUCUGAAGUAUGUCAACAUGUACGCCUCCAUCUACUUCCUGGUGUGUGUCAGCAUGCGUCGCUGUGAGCUUAUCAUGCGUCCGCUGAGGUGCAACUCUUCCACGCGAAAAAGAGACUUGCUUAUCUGUAGCUUUGGUUGGCUGUUGGUCUUCCUGGGCUGUCUGCCCUUCCCUCUGCUGAGGACCAGCAAUGACCUGAAUUCUGUCUCCGGAGAGAAAAACACCUCAAAGUGUUUCUCAGAGCUGCCCAUGAGGACUAUCAGUGUUCCAGCAGCCGGGGCCCUCCUGAUCACAGCUGAGCUGCUGGGCUUCAUAAUCCCCCUCAUCCUGGUGUUAGCCUGCACCUGUCUGACUGCAGGGAGCCUCCGUGAACAUACAGCAGGUCCGAUCCCUGACCGAGGGGAGAAGCGGAGGGCGUUAAGGAUGGUGUUGAGCUGUGCUGUGGUCUUCCUCGUGUGCUUUGCUCCCUACCAUGUCACUAUGCCCCUGGACUUCCUGGUUAAAGCCAACGCCCUGAGCAGCUGCACCCUCAGGGACCUGAUAAAGCGCUGUCACCCCGUCACACUCUGCCUGGCCAGCCUGAACUGCAGUCUGGACCCACUUAUUUACUAUUUCACAACUGAUGAAUUCUGGAGGCGACUGAGCAAGCCCGAAAUACCAGAGAGCAGGAUUAUGGGCAGGCGCCUUUCCUGUAUGACUGGUGGCGAGGAGGCCGAUGACUAGACAGCAGCGUGUCCAAAUAUCAACCACUAAUAACUGAGAUAACGUGUAUGCAUUCCUAAAAACUAGGCAAACAUAACGGACAUGCAAAUACUAUGUAAAAACAUGGCAACGAACAUCAAAAAUGUGAAUAUUUUUUUCUAUUUAUGUUCUCAAUAAAAGGCAUCUGAUUUUUUUUAAAUUUGUGUGACCCUGGUGAAGAGUGAGUCGUUCCUGUUAUGACGGAUUAACUUCAUCAGUGCCAACAUCUCUAAUAAGCAUCAGGAAACACAGCAUACAGGCCCAACCUGU